CAAGUUGAUUUAAUGCAGAGGUGUGGAUGAGUAGUCAGAAAUGGAAGGAGAAACGUGGAACAGUUCUAUCAAAACCCUUGAUCAUGCAAAACAGGGAAGGUGCUGUAGGAGGACUUGCCGGCGGGCAGGAGGAGGUUUGUGCCGAGGGCUGUCAUUUCCCAAGCGCGGAAUUCUUCUCAUCCCAGGAGCCCAUCACCGCCGCCUCCGAUGCUCUCCUUCGCCGCGAAAAUAUGAAGAAGCCCUGGAGCCCUGAUUUACCAGUUGAUAACCAGUCAUACAAUUCAGAUUUUACAUCUCUCCCAGACCGAGAAGGUGAGAAAGAAUUAGCAGCUGAUGGCACUGAAGAAAAGAAGGAGAGAGAAAAGAAGCACACCAAUUUCACUUUGUGUAAUGUCUGCAACAUUCAGCUAAACUCUGCUGCUCAGGCACAAAUCCACUACAACGGCAAAUCCCAUCAGAAGAGGCUGAAACAGCUCAGCAAUGGAAAUCUCAAAACUGAUAAUGGUGGUACAUGCCAGAGCCCUGCUCUCCCAGCCCUGGUGCGUCCUCCUGCACCACCCUUGCAGCCAUCGCUGGAUAUUAAGCCGUUCCUCCCGUUUCCUCUGGACACUGCCGCAGCAGUGAAUCUCUUCCCCAACUUCAAUGCAAUGGACCCAAUUCAGAAAGCUGUAAUAAAUCAUACAUUUGGAGUUCCUCUUCCUCACCGAAGAAAGCAAAUCAUAUCAUGCAACAUUUGCCAGCUGAGAUUCAAUUCUGAUAGCCAGGCUGCGGCCCACUACAAAGGCACUAAACAUGCCAAGAAGCUCAAAGCACUGGAAGCCAUGAAAAAUAAGCAGAAAUCUGUUACUACCAAGGACAGCGCAAAGACUACCUUCACUUCCAUCACUACCAAUACCAUCAAUACCAGCUCUGACAAAACAGACACUAACACAGGGACACCAGCAAUAUCAACGACGACAACCGUGGAAAUCCGGAAGAGCAGUGUUAUGACAACUGAGAUCACCUCUAAAGUGGAGAAAAUCCCCACAACAGCCACGAGCAGCAGCACUUGCCCUUCCGUUGAGACUGAGGAAGAAAAAGCAAAAAGGCUGCUGUACUGUUCACUAUGCAAAGUCGCUGUCAACUCUGCCUCACAGCUGGAGGCGCACAACAGUGGGACUAAGCACAAAACUAUGCUGGAAGCUCGGAAUGGAAGCGGAACCAUAAAAGCCUUUCCCCGGGCAGGCGUAAAAGGCAAAGGACCUGUGAAUAAAGGAAACACAGGCCUUCAGAACAAAACAUUUCACUGUGAAAUAUGUGAUGUGCACGUAAACUCUGAGACACAACUGAAACAGCACAUAAGCAGUAGAAGGCACAAAGACAGAGCUGCUGGGAAACCACCUAAACCUAAAUACAGCCCUUACAACAAACUCCAAAAGGGAACACAUCCUCUAGGGGUAAAAUUAGUAUUUUCAAAGGAACCUUCAAAGCCGAUGGCCCCACGAAUCUUACCAAAUCCGCUAGCAGCUGCAGCAGCAGCUGCUGCUGUGGCUGUGAAUUCCCCCUUCAGUCUUCGCACAGCCCCAGCAGCCACCCUUUUCCAGACUUCAGCACUUCCUCCAGCACUCCUACGACCAGCUCCUGGGCCUAUACGGACCACCCACACUCCUGUGCUGUUUGCUCCUUACUGAACUCCAAACAGGAAUUAAUUGUACUGCAAUAAUUUUUCAAAUCAAAAGACAAAAAAAAAAAAAAUGAAAAUCAUGAACAUUGAACUAUGCAGUGUUUAUUUAUAGUUUAAAGUAUAUAUGAAGAGCCAGAACUUUUGAUAGAGAACCGAACAAAUUCUGAAAGGGGGAAUGGGUGGUAUUUCUCCAGAUAAGAACAUUUCUCUUGAGCAUUGAUCGUUUUAAAACUGAUCUCCAGCAUUGACUUGUAGUGACAUAUAAAACUUACAGAGCCUUUUUGACUGUGCAUUUUGGCACAUAUAUUUCCCUGCAAUGUCUUUCCUGCUUUAUGAAACAACUUACAAAUUUGUCUAAAGGGCAUUAACUGGUUCCAAUGUAUAUAAAAUACUUUAUUCUGUAGAUUAAAGAAGAAGGAAAAAAAAAAAAAGAAACACUGUGAAUAGUAGUACCCUUACCAAUCCUCCUGCCAAAUCAGCAGUUACUGGGUAUUUAUCUGAACAAAAGUAGAUACAAUAGAUGUCUUGUAAAACAGUAGUAUUGUGUCUCUAUCUAUGCCACUAGGAUUCUAACUCAGUUGCAAAAGAUAAAAUGAACAAAAUUAUGUCACUUCGGUAAAUAGUCAAAAAUUAUUACAAUAAUGUGGAGCUGUUCCUGGUGAGCGAAGUUUUUCUCACUCACAGAAGAAUGAAAAUAAUCUAGAUUAGGGCAAAGAAAAUGAUAAAGAAGAUCUAAUGGGGAAAAAAUAAUUCAGAUGCUGUACACAGUAGAAUGGGUCAAAUGUAUUUAACUGAGAAUGUAUGUGUACACUGUGUGUUUAUUCAAAAAGUGUAAUACAUACAUGAUAGAUCAAUGUUUCAGACAUGACAGUGGAAAACAAAAAAUAUGAUCUCGUCAUGAAACAGGCCUGACACUUCAGUGUUGAGCAGAGGGAAGACACAAAUCAGUUACACAGAAUCAUAACUGACAAAUGAAAAACAGGAGAGAAAUCCUGGUCUCAUUUAAGUCAGUUUAAAGUUCCUUCUGACUGCAGUGUAGCCAGAAUUUCAUCCCAAGAAUGGCACAUAUUCAUUUUAUAUCACACCAGUGGGAGUGUCUGUAGAUACAAGUAAUAUUUUUUGCAAUAGGCUUAGUCUUAGCAACAGACUUAUUCCCUUGUUUUAUUUCCUAUUGAUGUGAUAUAAAAUGUCUUAAUAUACCUAUAAAAUGUAAACAGUGACACAUGAGAUACAUAUUACGGGAUAACUGCACAUCAUGGGUUUGGAACAAAUACAACUUUUAGGAUCUCAAGGGACCCUUGAAUUCUGUAGCUGACCGUGAUGUAUGGACAGCUUAAAGCCUUAUAUAUUUACUGUGAGGCUUAAAGGGGUUGACUGUGUCCCUUUAAAGUAAGAUUUAUCAGGGGUAUAUAUAGAUAUAUUGUAUAUAUGUUAGAGUAAGAAAAAUAACUUAUAAACAGAAAAUCUACUAUAUAAAAUAAUUAUAUAACCAUUGAUUUCACAUGUGGGUCAUUAAGUGGUAAGUAACAAACAACAGAGAAAAAAAAAAUAGACUUUUUGAAUCUGAUCCUUGCUGCCUGCUUUUUCCCAUAGGGAGCUGAAAAGUAUCUAUUAAUAUUAUGGAGUGCGCUGCUGAGUCACAUGCAACCACUCUGAUGUGUAGCUAAGUGAAAUGCCUACUGUACAUUUAGGCAGAAUAAAAUUUAAAAGCAUAAUUUAAGUUUAGAUGGGGAAAUUAUUUGAAAGAUUUCAUUAAAAGCCAGUAAUGCAAAAUAUUGACCAUGUGGUUGCUAUACAAUGCUGCCUGUGGUUAUUGCAGACAGAUGGGAGAUAUAGAGGAUGGGAAUAUACAGCACUUUUGACUUGCAGUUCAUCAGUGAGCCUUCCAUAUACAUUCGUAUUUGCCAUUUUUUAAACCUCUCCGCAUUUAGAUUUUAUAAAAAAUAUAUAAAGAGAGAGAAAGAAGAGGUUCCAUGGAUAUCUGUGUCUGAAGAAUUCCAAAGAGAUUCAUUUAUUUAUCUAGAAAUAUUAAAAUAAGUUCUGUGCUAUGUAUUUGUAUUUCAUCCAGUUUAUUUGCAAACGUUUGUGCCUUGAAAUGAAAUGAGCUUUUGUUUAUAUUUAAUUCACACCUAUGUAGCCAUGAAAAAGACAUGACGGAUAUUCCAGGGCUAAUAUGAGCUGGAUUGCUUUGGCCUAGCUUUCAAAACAACAGUAUGAGUAAGUUCCUGAAGCCAAGUUUAAACAUCUAAAUAUCUAGGGGCUGACAUUUAAAAGGGCUCUCUACUCUACAGCUCCCAGUAAAGAGGCAGUAAAUAAGCCAGCCUUCAAAACCUGGUCCUCACACUCAAUUUAGAAUUUUUUUCAUUUUAUUUGGGUACAUGAGAUAGUAAGAUUCAGAGGACUUGUUCUUUUAAGCCUGCUUUCAACCUUACAUAUUUGGAAGUUUGCAGAAGCUGUAGUGCCACUGCCAGCUGCAUUCAGAUUCCUCCUUGAAAAGGGCAGCAGCUUUCAAGCUGUGUUCCAUGAACGACCACUUGUUUCCAGAGCCUUUUGUAAGAUCCUGGGUAAGUAAGAUCUUGCUAAAGGAGCAGAGGAGUACUCACAUUUUGGGAAGGUAGAAGAUCUGGACAGGCUGUCUUUUUCUCUUGAGGAUGCAGGCAGAUGGGAAAAUGGGAGAUAGACAAAUAUCCUGAAGGCUCUUAUGCACAGCCUUCUGGUGCAUGGACACCUGCUGUACAUCCUGCCAUAUUGUUGAGAUGCAAUCAAAAUCAACAGGCUGAUCCUUGUCAAAACGUGGCCUGUGGCAUGUAUGGAGGCACAGUACUAAGAGCAGAGUUCAUACAAAUUUUGCUAGAGAUAAAAGAGUGUCAUUUCAACUACUUACAUCAGCUAAUUUGCAAUGACACCUUCAGUGUUCUUGGACCUCUUUUGUCACAGUGCUCUAUGGAACAAGUUUUUGUUCACACAAGUCUCUUUUAAAGUUCAGCUGUAAACAACAAACUCAGUUCUUUUUGUCUCUUACUCACUACCUAAUAAAGGAUAAAGCCUAAAUGUUAGAAUGUAUAGUGGAUUUUCUGUGCCUUGCUGCUCCGCACUCCUCUUGGUCAGUAACAAGCCAACGUACCCAGGACAUCAGCAUAACAGUUCUAUUUAUAUAUAUAUAUAUAUAUAUAUAUAUGUGUGUGUAUAUAUAUAUGUAUGUAUGUAUGUAUGUAUAUAUAUAUAUAUAUAUAUAUUUGUCAAGGAAAAUACUGGCACAGCUAUCUAAUGGGGCAAAGAGAGCUUCUGGUCAAGGGUAUGUCUACAGCAGAUGACAGAGGACGUAGCAAACAGAAGACACUUUACACCUACUUGUCAAUACAUUUUGUGUGGAGAGCACUAUUAAAGAAAAAUAUGCCAUCAUGUUUCAUAUUGCUGUAACACUCCAGGGCCAAGAGGACGCCUAAAGCACAAGGAAGCAGAUCAUUUCAUCGAAGACACAGUCACUCACUGGAAUAAGAAUGUGAAAUAAGCCUGCGGGGAAGUGGCUGGGUAAUGAACUCAGAAAAACAAUCAGGUUCAGGGAUGUUUUCUUAAAUUCUAUUCAAAGUGUUAAAGAAUAACUAUUCUGUUGUGACCCAAAGAGAUGGUAUUUUUGUGGGAGGUAUAUUAUAUAUAUUUAUAUUUUUAUGCUAUCUGCAUUUUUCCAACUACCUAUGGCUUCAAACCUUUGUUCUGAAGGAUCAUCAUUGCUCUGAACCAUGAAAUUAGUAACCUUCUUGAAAACUGCUGUGAAAGCUGAUGUGAGAGGUCAGUAAGCAAAUGGUAUAAAUAUGAUGAUCUAAAAUGAAAAGGACUGACCAUGUCAAGAAAUAUUGUAUUUGAAAAGUAUACAUCUUUAUUUUAAGAUAAAUUAUAUAAAAUUAUAUAAAAUUAAGAAUAGCUAAAUAAAGUAAUAAAACUAGAAGAAUUACAUCUGUCAUUUUAGUACUGAAAUAUUACAAUUGGCUCUACAUUUUAAAAGUUUAAAGGACUUUCUAGGUGUCAAAUCAAUGCAAGGAUGCUGUUGGUACAUUUAAUGUCUCACUUCAUUUAUCUCCCAUUUGUAUCAGGAGUACCAUAACUGAAUGGACCUGCCUUUAGUCACUUUUAAUUAAUUACCAAAGAUACAGUAGCAUAUUGCCCCAUAUUCCCUGAAAAGUGAAAUCAUGCUGCUUAGGAGGCCCUGUUUCUGCAUUUCACUUCCCAUAAACACUUAGUUUUUAGAGUCUCUUCAAAGCAUCCUGGGGAAUUUCUAACUUUAUAUCAUUUUUUAGCAAAAGUAAAUUUAUGAACAUUAUGUAAUUUUAUGAAUAUUAGACCAACACUGAGGAGCAAGAUCUAAAAAGGUUUUCACAACUCUACAACAUUCUUUUGGGUAGAUAUGAAGCACAGACAUUCAAAUUAUUUCAUUGCACAAAUCUCUUUGAAAACACGUGAAAUCAGAACCCAGACUACUAUAUAAGUGUCCUGGUUUUGGGGUUAACACAUAAUAAGAAAUCUGGUAUUUUUACUAACAGGGGUAGUAAAACUGACUUCAGCACAGUUCAAGCUUAAAGACUCUAAGCUCCUAAGAAAAUAAGAGUGGGCUUUCUGUUUAUCAAGAUGCAUGUGAAAAUGUGAGCCUACACUAUGUAAAAUAUUAAGUAUUUUUGUGACAUCACAUCCUGUUCUCAUUGUUUAUCUCCUUCGGUGCCAAUGUCAAUGCUGUCAAUGCUCCUUUUCUGGAAUUCAGUACAUGACUAAAAGAAACAGUAAUACUGAUAAAUCCUAUCUUAAACUAGUUUGAAAUCUCAAACACAUAGUGAAGAGUUUAGCCAAGGACGAGUUUUAUGGCCUCUAACUUCUACAAGUUUAUUAAAAUUCAGGACCAUUUUGGAGUAAAUAUAACUAUCUGAAAGAUGAUUAUUACAUCUGAAAUGUCAGCAGCUGAAACAGCCUGUGCUCCAGACCAAAAUUAACAAUGGUAUGAAAACCAUAAUGCUCUUAACUUUGUGACUUCUGAUAGCAGUUGCAAAAAUCUUUGAUUUCAAUAGAGGCAAUUUUUUGCUCUUAGUGGACGAGGCCUUUUGCAGUCAUGCUGUGUACUGCAAUUAGGUGUCAUUCAUCUCUGAUUCUGUAUUGAUAAUUUGAUAAAGAAACUUGGCUGAGCAUGAAACAUGAUUAGUGGCUGCCUGGUUCAUGUGAUCAGCUUCAUGCUGGGAUGAUCCUUGGGUGGUGAAAUAAGCUGAACUGAAAGAGUCAAUGUAAAGAAAGUGGUGGAAUAAUUUGCUCCUUUUUCCUUGUGCAAUGCUCUUAAAUGGAACUUCUGAGGUAUGAACAAGCUGGGUCAUUGAAGAGUUCCUGGCUAUAAAUGUAGGGACUUUGAAGAUCAUACAAUCUUAACUUUAAAAUAAGUUUGAUGAGAAAGAACUCAGAAGACAUUCUUUGGAUUAGAUACUACAGUGACAUUGUAGCAAUGGUCUUCACACUAGGCACACUGUCCAUACACUGACAUUUUUCCUGUUCAGAGCAGAAAUCAAGGGUUUGACACCCAUUAUUAGAAACAAGCAUAGUUAAUAAUAUUCAUUUCAUAGGUAUUGGACACUCACUUGAAGGACACAAUAAUUUUCCUUUGGACUCCAUGUCUUCAAGUAUGUUCAUACCAGCCAAGAUAUCACUGCGUUUUGUCAACACCUGGGUCUCCAGAAAGGAUGUCCAUACUUCUUGUUUGUUUUUAUUACAAUUUGAUUUUUCUUCCAUGUUUCUUUAUUCAUUGUCUUGUCUCUCCUAUGAAUGAACAGAAUCCAUAAAAUUAAGUAUACAUUUAAGAAGUAUGUAAUCAUUAAUGCCCCUUUUGGACCAUUUGAUCAUAGUCAAUAAAUUGAAUAAAGAAUUUAAAGCAGCAGAGCCACAGUAAUGGUAAAAUAUUGUGAAGAGAGCACAUCUAUACUAUAGUGUUCUUUACCUAAUCUAGAAUUUUAUGACACAGACAGCUCUUUAUCCUUUCAUACUUUCCUGAAAUAUUCAUCUUUUGGGACCCUUCAAAGUUUUAAUCAAAUUUAAAUGUUAUUUCUUAUGUUCAGUAAAAACAUCUAUGUGUUUCUGAGGGAAAAAACAAUAUAAAAAGGGAUGAAACCUACAAACCAUUUUCUUACUACAAAUGCCUGCAGCAUCUGUUAGCAAUGUUAGCCUUUUCUCUCUGAGUGUCUUGUGGCUGGCAUUUACCAUGGGAAUUGUUCUCAUUGAGACAUGUAUCCGGUGAAAACUGUCAGUUCAAAACACAGUCUGUCAAUGCAGACAUUAGUUUGGGGCACAACAGAGUGGGAGAUGAGAGAAUAUAGGCAAAGCUAUGCCUUUGUAACAGCCUGUUUGAACCCUCUCAAAACUGCCUAGUGGCUUGAUGGGGAGAGGCAGAGGUUCUUAAUGUGGUCAUUCUGUUUUAUUUGUAACACAGAAGGUGUAAAUCUGAAAAAAAGUCUUGAUUUGAGGAUUUUUAACCAGUGCUUCAGUGUGGGGGAUGAUCCCCCCCCUCUACCCACCCAAAGGUGUAAUCUUUCCUUCAGACAUAUUUUCAAUGUAGACUUGCCAUAAUAUUAUUAUUGCCAGUCAAACUGCUGCCUGAAUCUGAUUGGAGUAAAACUAUUCAUGUUGGUUUUGGUACACAGGAGAACCCAGGUAUUAAAAAUGAAAAUGUAAGAAGCUUCCAGUUGGGUCGCUUUUUUUUUUCUUCCUGCAGUUGCUCAAGUUGUACCAGUUUGCUGAAAUCUACAAGUCAAUCAAAGAGAAAAUGCCUGUUUCUUUCUUCUACUGUUUUUAUAGUUUUAGAAAGGAGAUGGAAACAGCUGUAGCUCUUCAUCUAAUGAUUCACACUAAAGCCACCCUGUAGUCAACAAAUGCCUGCACAUGUGUUGCCUUUCUGCGUACACACAGAUUUACUUCCCUCCAGUUGUUUUGUUAAAUCACAUUUUGUGACUUCCUCAGCAGCGUGGGAUACUGCAAGGAGCAUUUAAAAGGAAAAUAAAAACUAAAACACCCA